AUGGUGUCGUCGUCUAUGGGCUCGCAGCGGUCCGCAAACGAUGCCUGGUCCCCGUAUAGCACUGGCUCCACUGUAGACACUAUCCAAGAGUCGUGUAACUGCAGCACUGGGGCGGAGGGCAUCCUGGACCCUGAGGAGUGCGACCCUAAAUCAGGCCAGUGCUCGUGUGACGUGGGCUACGUGGGUCUACAGUGCGAGGACUGUGAGGAGAGCUUCUUCACCAACGGGACCAGCGGCUGCCUGCCCUGCGCCUGCGACUCCUACGGGGCCGUGAACCACCUCUGCGACAGCUCAGGGACUUGUGUGUGCAAAACCGGAGUCUAUGGCCCCAAAUGCGACGACUGCCACCCAGGAUUCUUCCACUUCAGCAGCACGGGCUGUAGACCCUGUCAGUGCAACAACCACACCAGCAACUGUCACCCCCAGUCUGGUGUGUGUUUGAACUGUGAGGGGAACACUCAGGGCUCCAACUGUGAGGAGUGCAGAGCCGGCUUCUACCGCAGUCCGAGCAGCGCCCUGGGGGACCCCUGUGUGCCCUGUCCCUGCUCCAACACCAGCUCCAACGGCACCUGCCACACCGAUGGCCGCGGGUCGGCGGUGUGCGACCGCUGCCUGCCGGCGUACACCGGGCCACAGUGCGCCCAGUGCAGCGCAGGCUUCUUCAGACGGGACGCCCUCUGUGUGCCCUGUGACUGCAGCGGCAACUCGGACCCCCGAGGGCCCCCCCAGAUCUGCCAUCCGCAAACAGGACAGUGUCUGAGCUGCAUCAACAACACCACAGGACCCCAGUGCCAGCUGUGCACGCCUGGAUACGUGGGAGACGCCAAAGCGCACAACUGCACACGGCCAAAUCCCCUGCUUCCUCCCACACCUGUCCAGACCACCACCACCACCACCACCACCACAGAGGCUCCCACGUCUCCCGCGACCAGAUCCACUUCCGCCUCCACCUCUGGCCCAAAGGCGCUGCCCCCUUCCACCUCCAACACCUCGUCCUUGAGCCCGACCACCACCCAGGCCCUCCUCACCAGCCUUGGCAGCCCCACGGACAACACCACGGCCGCCCUCACCGAAGUCUCCUGGACACAAUUCAACAUCAUCAUCCUGGCGGUCAUCAUACUGGUGGUGCUGCUGCUGCUCGGCUUCGUGGGCGGGGUCUACACCUACCGCGAGUACCAAAAUCGCAAGCUCAACGCGCCGUUUUGGACCAUCGAGCUGAAGGAGGACAACAUUAGCUUUAGCAGUUACCACGACAGCAUCCCCAACGCGGACGUAUCGGGUUUGCUGGAGGACGAAGCCAACGAGGUGGCCCCGAACGGUCAGCUGGCCCUCACGACGCAAGGGAACUGCUAUAAGGCUUAG